AACAAAGUCAACAUUAAAGAAUUCGAAGAUAGACUGAAUGAUGGCUUCAGUACAGGUAAACCUGCUCUUUCUCGCUUGUGCCGUCGUACUUCUGUAUGUAAGUGUUUCCCCGGUGGAAGCCGUAUCAGCACACUGUGGUUACCACUACCACACUAAUCAGUACUACACGGUAUACUACUCCACCUACUACAAACGAUACUACCCUCUCUAUUAUGGAUACUGUACAAACGGGGUUCUGAUUAGAGAAACAUAUGUGUAUAAUACCAGUGGACAGCAGUUGUAUCAUAUUGUUACGUACACUUAUGGCAAGAGAGACGCGUCCACCGGAGAAGUGGGUACCUACAGUGGAACUACCAGUAGAGAUACAGGGCUAUCUGGAAAUGACCAACUUAAAAGAGAUCAAGAUGCAAACAUCGCCAAAAGAGUUAAAGUAGAUGAUUAUGAAGAGAUUCUUAAGGCCUUAGAAGCAUAAUGCUUUAUGAGGGUUCUUGAGAGGAAGGAUGAAAGCUGACUAAGGCUGAUUGACCGUGAAUAUAGAACAAUAUAUUUUUUCCAAAUAAAAAUAUGGAUUACAAUGACC